UCCUGCAUAAACAACCUGAGGUAGUAUGUUUACUGUUAUUCUAAUAUAUGUACGCCCUUUUCACCCAGGUAAUUGCUUUGAUGCGGGUCAUUAUGAGAAGCCGCUCUGAGCAGGCCUACCUGGAGCUGUUCAGCUUCAUCAAGCAGCUGGCUCCAAACUUACAACCUGUCCGCAUCCAUUGCGAUUUUGAACGUGCAACCAUCAAUGCCUUGCGCCGAACCUUUCCCUCUUCUGAUAUUGUGGGCUGCUUAUGGCAUUUUGGAGUGUGUGUUGGGAGGAAUGCUGUGAAGAAGCAGCUUUCGCAGCUAGCUUCAGACAAUGACCUGAUCCACACUUUUAUCAGGUGCAUUUGUGGUGCUCCUUUGCUACCAGCAACUUUGAUUGAGGAGGGAGUGGAGGAAAUCUGGACUGAGGUGGUCGCUUCUGGCUGGGGAGAGACUUUGGAACCCCUAUUCUCUUACUUUAGGAGGGAGUGGCUACCCAGAAUCCAGGAGCUGUCUGUGUUUAGCCAUCCUGAGCGCACAAACAACUGCUCUGAGUCAGACAACAGGUGCUUGGCUAACUUCAUUCCCCAGAACCACCCCAAUGUCUGGACUUUGAUUGCUGGAAUGGUUCAACUUGAACAUAUCUCGUGGAGUGAUAAGUUGACUCUUCAGAGAGGCAAAGAUGUUCAGUUUGUUGGCCGGUGGAAGACCGUUGCAAACGACAAAAGGAAAGUUAGGCUCUCAGAACUCCUCAACCACGACCAAAUUACUCCUGGUCGCUUCUUGCACGAGGCAUCAUGGGUUAACCAAGGAGCGCUUAACCAUGGAAUGAAGCUGGACACCAAAAAUGAUUCUGAUUCAGACAGUGAUUGAGCUGGAUGUUCCAAAUGUUUGACUAACUUUUAAAUGAACACAAGCUUUCAAUUCAUUUGAUACCUAUUUCUAUUGAACUUUGUUAACAUAUUGUUCUUGAGUCCAUGUACGGUAAUUCUGUACUAGUUCUAUCAAUCUUGUGUACUCUAAUCUAUUCUUGUGUAUUAGCAAAGAUUUUACUCCUAACUCAUACAAUUGGGGGGAGUUGCUGGGGGGGGAUUCUAGUGAUUUCUUAGUAUUCUGACGUAAAUGUUUGCACUUGCCAAAUGUUUCAAAUGUUUGACUAACUUUUAAAUGAACACAAGUUUUCAAUUCAUUUGAUUAUGUAUUAGAGUUUUAUUAAUUUUUCUUGUGUGCUCUAAUCUAUUAUGUGUGCUCUAAUUAGUUGACAUUGUGUAUUAGCAAAGAUUUUACUCCUAAACUCAUUGGAGGGGGGUUGUUGGAUUAUAUACACUCAUGCUUAUCUUAUUCGCACACACGUAUGAAGUGUUGUAAAUAUUACUGCUACAUCUAUUUGUACAUAUCUUUAUGUUAAGUCAGUCUGACUCGCAAACAUUAAAGAGACUACA